AUGGUCGUGUCUCUGGGUGAUCUUCCGGAGGAGAUUCUUCAUUCGAUUUUAUGCUACUUGCACCCUUGCUCCUCUGCUGCGCUGGAGCAAACCAGCCACCGAUUCAAGAAUGUGACCAAUGGACCACUGUUAUGGCGCCGCUACUGCGAAUUCUAUUACAAGUCAUGGGACCGAAAGCAUGAGAUUUUACAGAAACUUGCGGUUCCGGUUUUGUCUGUGGACUGGAAGGCGCUCUUCGUAUUGAGAUACCAGAUUGACCGCUCUGUCACUCGGCUUCUGGAUAGUAUUCUUGCCAGUCAAACUGGGCGCAUCGAGAAAUUUCGCGCCGUCAUCGAUUAUGGGUCCGAUGCGAAAGAUACACUUCUGCGACAUAGUCGAGUAGAAUCGGGAGAGGAUCAUCUUGCCAGAAGGUACUAUGCGCGAGCGCUUUUGACCUGUCUUCAUCGGAGUAUUGCAGUUCCCGAAUGGGCCAAGCUCCGACGCGGCGAGCCCGUGUCACUUGAACGUGCCUUGGGUGCAUUCGACCUGUUUAUUCCCGAAAGCGGGUACGGUGACCUGGACGAAGUUAAAAAUACACUUACUGACCUUGUCGCUCAAUUUCGUGCUUCCCACUUGGACAUGGGUGUUCUCCGCCCCCGCGACAAGGCGCUGUCGCUAGCUUCUUGGCUGCGAGAUAAUGAUCUAACGGGGAUCGAGCUGGGUAAGGAGUACCAUGCCUUGGAACAUAACUUCCUUGGCUUAGCGCUGAAGAGUCCGGGGCAUAACUCGCUUCCCCUGAUCUCUGCGGCCAUUUAUUGCUAUGUGGCGCAAGAAAUCGGCCUGAAUGCCCACCCUUGCGGAUUUCCAUUCCAUGUCCAUGUUAUUGUUACCCCGCCGCCAGGCUUGGACAUGAACGGCGACACUCUAUCCGGGGAGGACGUCGGUCUUCCCAUGUAUUUGGAUCCAUUUCGGGGAGCACGCGAGACCCCUGUGUCUGAUCUCCGAGAUCAGCUCAUCUUCCUUGGCGCUUCCGCGACGGAGCAGACGGCAUUCCUGGGCCAGUCGUUGACAUCUGAGAUCGUCUUGCGUUGCAGCAGAAAUAUUUGGACUUCGAUCCAUUCCGCGCCUCAUCAUCCGGACGGGCCCGUGUCCUCGGUGGAUGUGGUGAGUGCCAAGUACGCCUCCCUAUGGUCCUCAAUGCUCCUCUCGGGCGAUUCCCGGCCAAUGGACCUGCGUCACCACCUGCCAUUGCUGAUGGAGCUUUUUGCAACGGAUUUUCCUUCCGAUAUAUUCUUGGUGGAGCAAUAUAUCGUGCCACUUUUCCAAGGUCUCUUCGAGCAUGAACACAUCUUAGAAAGUCUGCACGUUAUGCGAGCCGUCGAUGAGAUUCCUAAGCAGGUGCGCCGGCGGUCUGGUGAGAAUAAGAACAUCGGAUACACUGUGGGGCAGGUUUUCCGACAUCGCCGCUAUCAUUAUCGGGCUAUCAUCACCGGCUGGGACUCUGAAUGUGGCGCGGGUGAGCAGUGGAUGCGGCGAAUGGGCAUUGAUCGCUUACAGGCCGGCCGUCAUCAAAGUUUCUAUCACGUUCUAGUGGAGGAUCGAAGCGUCCGUUAUGUAGCAGAGGAAAACAUCGAACUCAUUCUCCCUGAGCUAAGCGAUUUGCCCCCAGGGCUGCUGACCAUUGCCGGGAAGCAUUUCAAGCGCUGGGAUGAAACGGCCCGGGCCUUUGUUAGUAAUGUGCGCGAUGAAUAUCCGGAUGAUUGA